CAACUUCAAGUGGAAGAGCGAGCAUGUCACUGCACGAUCGGCUAGCUCUGGUGACCGGAGGAGCAGGUGGCAUAGGCAAGGCCACAUGUCGCGCCCUGGCCGCCCAAGGAGCCAGUGUCGUCGUCGCCGAUAUGAAUCUAGAUGCUGCUAAAGUCGUGGCGGCGGAGCUACCUGGGACCGGAACCCACAGAGGAGCCUUGCUGGACGUCAGUGACUCAAAUUCGGUGGAGAGAUUGUUCGCCUACAUCAAGGACACAGAAUAUCUUCCUGUCAGCAUCGUAGUGAAUUGCGCUGGCAUAUUUGUGGACACGACGGAGGAGAGCUUCAUCAAGAUCAUUCAGGUCAACUUGAAGGGCACGUUCCUCGUGGCAAGAGCCGCCGCGCGGGCCAUGAUCGCUAGCGGCGUCACCGAGGGAGUCAUCGUGAACAUCGCGAGCAUCGCGGGCAAGAUUGGAUGGUCUGACAUGGCGGCGUACAGUGCUUCCAAGGGGGGCGUCGUGGCUUUGACCAAGGCGGUUGCUCGAGAGAUGGCACCGCACGGCAUCCGCUGCAACGUAGUACUGCCGUCGAUGACGAAGACACCGAUGGCCGAUUCGCUGCCAGAGAAGGACCAGAAGACGUGCAUCGCGCUCACGCCUAUGCAAAGAGCGGGCGAGCCGGAGGAAGUGGCAGAGGCAAUCCUAUUUCUCUGCUCUCCGCACAGUUCCUUCGUGACAGGAGCCGUCCUUGAAGUAACAGGUGGAUUCAGCAUGUGAAAGCUUUUCCGGUCCCUGUUCGUCAU